AUGAAAUUAAAUGAUAGUGUCGAUGGCUUACACAUAUUUCUGAAUGAGUUGCAAAGAUGGUUGAUGGUGAGUAUAUAUGAUUAUCGUAGGCGGCUUUCACGUUUGCAGGAUCCUUUGUUUAAUUAUUUUGAAACGCAGCUGUUGAUAUGGGAUCGCGAAAUUACAUCGUUGAUGACACUUCGUGCAGCCUUGGAUUCUCGCAGUGACUUGCGGUACCUUUUUUUGUGGUUGGAGUGGAUGGUGCAUGGACUGAUUAUUGACUUGGUCGCUGUUGGAGUUAUUAAAGGAAUCGUUCGACGACCUCGACCACCUUGUAAUGUUCAUGACCUAUAUUUUGGUGCACCUGUAGUUGACGUAUUCUCGUUUCCUUCUGGUCAUUCCUCCCGGAGUGCAAUGUUAUCAGUACUUUGCAUGGAUCUCUGCCCUCCUCCACAUUACAUCAGUUUUUUUGUAAAACUGUUUCCAUUUGUAUUAGGAGCUUCGCGCAUUGUCAUUGGUCGCCAUUACUUCAGUGAUGUUGCAGCAGGUCUCCUUCUUGGUUAUUUUGAAGGAAACCUCGUGCAGUGCUUACCAUUUUCCUCAGUAAAUCUCUUGAAAGAGAUAUUCCUACCUAUAUUUGGUAACGAUUAA